AUGCUACGACGGACGCAAAAGCCUCUAAGUCCACUCCGUCGCGUGACAACAAGCCUGGAGCGUCUCGAACUCGAAGCCCCCUUCCAACAAAUCGUCCAUCGCUGGAACGACAUCACCAAAGCGCGCGAUGAAGAGCCAGACCCCACAACCAAAGCCCACGCCGAUCUCUUCUACAGAGUCAUGAACGAGGAGCUGAAAGAUAUCAUCGACCGCAUGAACGACCUCCUCGCCAACGGCGUCAUCACUUUUGACCUCCUCUGGACAAUCAUGGAGCCAGAAGACGUGGUGGUCUCCUCGCGCGGCGGGUCCCUGCGCGCAUAUCAGUUCUCCAUGCUCUCUCUUUCACAAAGCGGAUGGACAGCCAGCGUCAAAUACGUGGAAUACAACGGGUCUGCAUUUGGCUUCGCGAGUGACAAGUUCGUUGUCAAUAAGUUCACCGGCACUGUGCCGACUAUCCUUUUGCCAAUUUGCCCGCUAAAACACCACAAAGACAAGGAUGCUAUCUGGCCCAUGCUUGUUGCGCGUGGGAAACGCUGGGAGGAGCACAUGGGGUACCACUACAAGGCAGAAGGUGACGGGGCAGUCUUGCUCCUUGAUGAAGCGGAUGUGUUUAUGCAGGCGCGUGAUGCUACGGAUCUUGAGCGGAAUGGGCUUGUUUCAAUCUUUCUGCGUAUGCUUGAAUACUACGAGGGCAUCCUCUUCCUAACAACUAACCGUGCCGAUAACAUCGACCCGGCCUUUGAAUCUCGCAUUCAUCUCUCGCUUCAGUACAAAGACCUCGAUUCGAAAUCUCGCCGGCAUAUCUGGGCCCAAUUCCUGGUUCGGUCGGCUCCGACUGGUGCUUUCACUGAUGAGCAACUUGAUCAGGUGGCCGAGGUCGUGUUGAACGGUCGCCAGAUUAAGAAUGUUAUCAAAACUGCGGGGUUGCUUGCGCGGGCCCAGGAUGAGGAUCUUCAGUAUAGUCAUAUUCAGACUGUGCUGACCUUGAGAGAGCUACCUCGAUAG